AUGUCGUCGCGUAAAACAGCUGGACGUCGCGGUACUAACAAGAAGCGAGCUCAACGUGCCACUUCCAAUGUUUUUGCUAUGUUUGAUCAGGCUCAAAUAUUGGAGUUCAAAGAGGCUUUUAACAUGGUUGAUCAAAACCGUGAUGGGUUUGUAGACAAAGAUGAUCUUCAUGACAUGUUGGCGUCAUUAGGUAAAAACCCUACUGAAGAUUACUUGGAAGGCAUGAUGAAUGAGGCUCCAGGACCAAUAAACUUCACAAUGUUCCUUACUCUAUUUGGUGAACGUUUGCAAGGCACUGAUCCUGAAGACGUCAUAAAAAAUGCUUUUGGAUGUUUUGAUGAAGAGAACUUAGGAGUGAUACAGGAGGAUCGUCUAAGAGAAUUGCUGACUACUAUGGGGGACCGCUUUACUGAUGAUGAUGUUGAUGAAAUGUUACGUGAGGCACCAAUACGUGAUGGCUUGUUUGACUAUGUGGAGUUUACACGCAUUCUUAAGCAUGGAGCCAAAGAUAAGGAUGAACAAUAA